ACCCCUCCAGUCCACGUUGCUUAAUAAUCAAAUUGAAAAACAGAACUCGCCACAUUUUUAUAUUGGAUUCUCCCGAUGAUCCUAGGUGAUCGUUUAAAAUGUUCGGUUGCAGAUUCUUCAUUACCCUGUUUUUAGUCUCCCUGCUCAGUUUCACUACUGAAACUCAGAACCAAACUUACCUCUACCAUUUCUGCUCCAACUCGACCAGCUUCACCAGAAACAGCACUUAUCAAUCAAAUCUCAACAGCCUUCUCUCUGCCUUAUCCUCCAACGCCACGGCCACUAGCACCAAUGGGUUCUAUUACACGACCUCUGGGAAAAACCCCAUAGGGUCUACGGUCUCUUUCUCUGCCGCGGCGACGUUUCCAGCACUACUUGUCAAAAUUGCAUUACAUUUGCCACCAGAGAUGUGACUCAGCGUUGCUCGGUUGAAAAAAUUGCUGUGAUUUGGUACGAGGAUUGCCUUCGCUACUCCAACGCAUCUAUUUUCUCCACCCUGAGUGAAUCGGAGAACGUGUUAAUGUGGAACCUUCAGAAUGCAACGGAUCCGACCCGAUUCAACGGGAUAGUGGCCACAGCCAUGAAAGAUGCGGCGGCUGAAGCUGUGUCGGCGCCUAAAAGGUUUGCCACAAGGGAGGCAGAUAUUUCUGCGUUUCAGACCCUGUACAGUCUGGUUCCAGUGCAUGCUGUACCUAUCAACUUUGGACUGUAAUAGGUGUCUCCAAGGAGCCAUAGCAUCUCUCCCUAAUUGUUGCUCGGGAAAAGUAGGCGGAAGAAUAUUGAAGCCUAGUUGUAAUAUUAGGCAUGAAGUUUAUCCUUUUUAUAUUGAGUCUGCAGUUCCAGCGCCGGCACCAUCACCGGUGGUGCUUACUCUGACUCCUCCUCCUGGUUCAGAGAUCAUCCCCAAAGGUAGAGGCCAAAGAUCAUGGGUGAUAAUUGUUGCCAUUGUUGUCCCGGUUCGUGUCUCUAUUUUGCUUUUCAUUGCGGUGUAUUGCCUGCUGACAAGGAGAGGAAGGACGAAGUAUGAUGUUGUGCAGGGAAAUAAUGCUGAAAACAUGACUUCUUUUUUCAAUCCAAAAUUAUCGUUGUGGUUUCACAGAUUUUUAUUGUUAUAUUUGGUGUCUGGUUGUGCAGCUGUGGCUGAUAUAACCACAAUAGAGUCACUGCAGUAUGAUCUCAACUCGAUUGAAGCUGCAACAAACAACUUCGCAGACAGUAAUAGAAUAGGUGAAGGUGGAUUUGGUGUGGUUUACAAGGUAAUGUCCAUGCCAGGUCCAGAGAAUUCAAUUUAGAAAUUAGAAGCUUUUAUGGUGGGACUAUCGAGUAUUUGCUGUUUUACAUUUUCGGGGUAGUUUUCCUAAUGGACAACAAAUAGCUGUGAAGAGGUUAUCGAGGAGCUCAGUACAAGGAGCCAAAGAAUUCAAGAGUGAGGUUGCGUUGGUGGCUAAGCUUCAGCACAGGAAUCUAGUGAGGCUAUUAGGAUUUUGUUUGGAAGGAGAAGAGAAGAUACUUGUUUAUGAAUUUAUGCCCAACAAGAGCCUUGACUAUCUUCUAUUUGGUCUGUGUCACCUACCCUUUUGCAAG